GGAGCACCCCUCUAGCUUAUUCGUCUCCUGGACGGACGCUCAGGCUCGUCUCUUGCCCCGGCCGAACUUGCUUUCCCGCCUCGCAAACUCCGGCUUCCCUCCACUCCCAGCUCUUUGCCCUCCACUUUCCCCUCCUCUGUCUCCCGCGCCUCAGCCCCCGACCCCCCACUCCUUUCUCCCGCCCUCUCCCUUCCCUUCUCCCCCCCCCCCACCCCCUUCAACUCCUAGUCCGCUUCCACCUCAAACUCCCGGUGCGCGCCCGCCCGACUCGGUCGUCCGCUCCCGUUCGGCUUGAAGCCAUGGCGGGACCUGGGGGCUGGAGGGACAAGGAGGUCACGGAUCUGGGACACUUGCCGGAUCCAACUGGAAUAUUCUCACUAGAUAAAACCAUUGGCCUUGGUACUUACGGCAGAAUCUAUUUGGGACUUCAUGAGAAGACUGGUGCAUUUACAGCUGUUAAAGUGAUGAAUGCUCGUAAGACCCCUUUACCAGAAAUAGGAAGGCGAGUGAGAGUGAAUAAGUAUCAAAAGUCUGUUGGGUGGAGAUACAGCGAUGAAGAAGAAGAUCUCAGGACUGAACUCAACCUUCUGAGGAAGUACUCUUUCCACAAAAACAUUGUGUCCUUCUAUGGUGCAUUUUUCAAGCUGAGUCCCCCUGGCCAGAGGCACCAACUUUGGAUGGUGAUGGAGUUGUGUGCAGCAGGCUCAGUCACUGAUGUAGUGAGAAUGACCAGAAAUCAGAGUUUAAAAGAAGACUGGAUUGCUUAUAUCUGCCGAGAAAUCCUUCAGCCAAAAGUCAUAUUUCUGGGAACUGGUUAUAGUAAUUCCAGCCUAAAGAAAGAAUUUUGUCUGAAAAAUCAAAUCUAGGCUGUUUCUCUUACCAAAAGUCUUUCCAAAAAUACUAAGAGCAGUACCA